UUUUUUUUCUCUCUCUCUAUUUUUUAAUAAUAAUAAUAAAAUAGUGUAUGCAACGUAACCUUUCUCCAGUGCUGAAACCCUUAUUAGCUGAUGAAGAACAAGAGUCUGAUCUUAAUACAACUCAAUCUUGGGAUCAACUUCGAAAGCAAGCAAGAACAUUAGAAGGCGAGAUUGAAAGUAAAUUAGCCAUUUUAACUAAAAUUGGGCAAUCAUCUGGAUCAGAUAACACAGGGCAAGAAAAAGAAACAGAUGAAUUAUUAAAAAAAUUACAAAUCGUUAUUACUGCAAUGGGUGAUUUUAUUGAUAGACCUAGUACGACGCCCACAAAUCCUUCAAUGAUACAUUUAUUAAGUAGACAUAAAGAUAUUUUAUAUGACUAUACUAAAGAAUUUCGUCGAGUUAAGAGUAAUAUUAAAAUAGCAAGAGAUAAAGCUAAUUUGAUGAGUCAAGUACAAGAUGAAAUCAGAACUUUCAAUUCAAGGAAUGACAAUGGAGAUAAUGCAGAUUAUUAUUUAACAGAACGUAAUCGUAUUGAAAGUUCACAUCGAAUGACAGACAUGGUAUUGGAACAAGCAUAUGCUACAAGACAAGAUAUUUCACGUCAGGGACGUAUUAUGCAUGGAGUUAAUCAAAGGGUUGGAAAUAUAGUCAAUCGUAUACCUGGUAUCAAUCAUUUAAUUACACGUAUUAAUACAAGAAGAAAAAGAGAUACAUUAAUCAUGGCAGGCGUUAUUUCGACUUGCUCGAUUCUUAUUAUACUUUAUUGGUUACGAACCUAAUAAUAAUAAAAAUAUAUUGUGUUGCUGUAUAUGUAGUACCUUA